AUGACUUCACACACAGAGAAGAGUACCGCAGAAGAAGACUCUGAUAUUAUUGAGUUCUUAAACCGUAAGUUGGCAAAUCUUUCAGUGGCAUCUGAUGCAGCAGAAGUAUUAGGGAAAAACGAUGACGGCUUGCCAGUUUGUGAAGUAUCAAUGCUGUUACCUCACUAUGCGCAAGCUGUUUAUAAUGCACUUCAUUCUCCAGUGCGACAGUUACGACUUGCUGCAGUUGUAAGAUUACGAAAAUAUCUAUCUUUGCAAAAUGUUGAUGAAAGAGUUGAUAAUGUCUUGGCGUUGGAAAUAAUACCAUUAUUGAUAGAAUUUCUCGAAUGUUAUCAUGAUAAUUUAUUACAA